AUGGGAGCUUACAAAUAUUUAGAAGAAUUAUGGAGAAAGAAGCAAUCUGAUCUUAUGUCAUUUAUUUUACGUUUAAGAACUUGGGAAUACAGAUAAUUACCUGUAAUUCACAGAGUAAGCUAAUCUUCAAGACCUAGCAAAGCCAAAUAAUUAGGAUAUAAAAGCAAAUAAGGAUAUUGUAUUUGGAGAGUUAGAGUAAGAAGAGGAGGAAGAAAAAGACCUGUAUCAAAAGGUAUUGUAUACGGAAAACCUUCAAGUAUCGGUGUUACUUAAUUAAAAUAUGCAAGAAAUCUCAGAUCUUGUGCUGAAGAAAGAGUAGGAAAAAGAGUGCCUGAACUAAGAGUUUUGAAUUCUUAUUGGGUUGGUUAAGAUGGUACUUAUAAAUAUUACGAAGUUAUUUUGGCUGAUCCAUCUCAUAAUGCAAUCAAAAACGAUCCUAGAAUUAAUUGGAUUUGCAAUGCUACCCAUAAACACAGAGAAUUAAGAGGGUUAACUUCUGCUGGUAAAAAAGGAAGAGGUUUAAGAGUUAAAGGAAAUAAAGCUAAGAGCAUUAGACCUUCCAAGAAGGGAAAUUGGAGAUAAAGAUAAAUGCUUAAAUUUAGAAGAUACAGAUGAAGCUCUUAUUUUAUUUAAUAAUAUACAAAUAUAAAAAUAAUUUGUUUUUAAUAUUAUAUAAUUUACAAAAAAAAAUUAUUUUUACAAAAAAAAUUAUUUAAACAUUAAUAGUUCU